AUGCGGGUGACAUUGACUCUUCCAGGCUCUGGGAUGUACCUGUUGCUACUGGUGUCAAUUGUGCUCCUUUGGGAGAAUGUAGCCUCCAACCCAACUGGCCUUGUUUCCAUUGAAGACCUGUAUCACCGUGUGGUUGAACAGUCCCAUAACACAUAUAUCGUGGCUGCAGAUAUAUACCGUGAAUUUGACUUGAACUUUGCCAAGAGGAGUUGGUUAAGAGACAGGAUCCCUCCCAUGUGCCACACUUCUUCCAUCCAUACUCCAGAGGACCGAAAGCAAGUCCACGAAACAACAACUGUAGACCUUCUGAAAGCAAUCCUGAAUGUUACAUAUGCCUGGGAAGAACCAGUGAAACACCUGCUGCCUGCAGUGACGGCUCUUCCAGGAGUUUCUGAAAAUAUGGUGAAAAGAGCCGUCGAUGUGAAGGGCAAAAUUCAUAUUCUUGCAGAGGGAAUUGAGACCAUACUCAACAGGACUGAGACUGAGCCUGGAUUUGAUGGAAAUGACUACCCUGCCUGGACUGGACUGGAAGACCUGAAAUCAUCUGAUGAAGACACUCGCCUUUUCACCAUUUAUAACCUGUGCCGCUGCCUGAGGAGGGAUACACACAAGGUGGACAGUUACCUCAAGGUCUUGAGGUGCAGAGUUGUCUUUAAGAAUGAAUGCUUCUAG